AUGUCGGUCCUCAAGGAUGUAGCAUCUGGCAUCAUGGCGUGGACGAGGACGCCGCGCAACCAGACCUACAGAAAGCUCAACGCCGAGAUUGAUGCUGAAGCAUUACGGUCCCCCAGGUCAUAUGAUAAGCAAAGCUCCUCACAUAGACUCCAUAGGACGCCCCCUAAGGCUUUGAUAAUAGAUAUCACACAAUACAUACCCGAUUCGACCAGAGACACACUGUCAUCGUUGCCUCCUGUGGAGAAAGUUGGUCAGCGACGUCUCAGAAUCAUCGUGCCGGCCGAUGGCCCAUCUCCAGGAUUAUGCAAGAUGCUCAUGUCGGGUAUUGCAUCCGGCUAUCCCAGCUCGGUCAUUGUGAACUGGGGCCGCGACUUUCGAAAGUCUCCUGGCUGGUUCGGAGGCUCUCAUCUUGGCAAGAUCGAUGGCACCCUCGAGUUUCUUGAUUCAAUCACUUCUGAAGAAGCUCCAGACGAUGAACGCCUUGGAUCAGAUGACCUCGUUCUCCUCGUCGACGCCUACGAUGUCUGGUUUCAGCUGCCGCCAUCCGUCCUCAUUCGACGAUAUAUGGCGCAGAAUUACGCUGCAGACGAACGCAUUCGAAAGGAGUGGAUAGGAAGCCCUUCUUGGUUCUCGUCAAACUCAGGAAACAAUCUCAUACCGCGGCAGACUAUCAUCAUCUCGACCCAGAAGAAAUGCUGGCCCGAUGCUAGUCUUGGCUCUGACCCCCACUGCGACGAUCUUCCCGAGUCUAGUGCACGGGAGGACAUGUACGGGACCCAUACGGACGAAGAUCCCAAGCAAAUGCAUGACCUCCGCCCACGGUAUGUCAACAGCGGCAGUAUUAUGGGCCCCGUCGGAGAUAUGAAGCGUAUGUUCCGUCGUGCCCAAGAGAAAGUCGAUGAAAAACAGUCUGCCGGUGAAGGUAUAUUCAGCGACCAAGGUAUUUUUGCGGAGAUCUUCGGCGAGCAAGAGAUUUGGCGGACUUCUAAGCGACAAAACCACGAUGAAUGGGUGAAACUCCAAGCUGAUCAGCCUGAAAAGUCUGCUCAGGAACUUCAGCAAAAUGACUUCAGUGUCGGUCUAGACUAUAUCCAAGACCUUUUCACCCCUACCGUUUUCGAAGAAGAUGAUGGGCUAUACAUUGCGUCGUCAGAUGGUCCUGGACUCCGACAAGCCGCGGCCGAUAGAGGCAUUGAUCCACCAAGGGUAGCUGGCAUCCCAGGAGACAUGCUUGGUUUACGCAGUCCUAUCCAAGAGACUGCCAUUGACAAGAAUAUGGGAUGGCAAGAUCUUCCGCUUUACACCGAUUUCUGGAGUACUUCAGUGCCAGUUGUGGUACACCAUAAUGCCCAUCGUAAUGGCUUAAAAGGCCAGAGACUGCGCGAUUGGUGGAAGAACAACUGGUUCUUUCCUUAUCUCCGAAGUUUACUAGAGCUGCACUCAAAAUCACGAGAGGCCCUGGAGCCGCUGCUCAGAGUUCCGGGUCGUAAUGGAGUGGAAGACUUGGUUUACACAGCACCGGCAUCAGAUGCUCAGAAGAGGAAGCCCCGCAUCUUCAAGAAACAGGAUCUCAAAGAACAAGGGUUGGCAGAAGCAGACUGGGACAGUCUGUGUAAGUCUGAGGGUCAUGACGAGUGGUGGAACGACGUUUUGCAGGACGGUGACGGACCUCUCUAG